GCGUCAAUGGCAACACACCUCGCAGUUCUUCCCGACGCGCUACCCCUUGAGGAAACGCGUUUUCUUCGACUGCUUCACCCCAGGACAGAGUUGCCUACCCUCUUCCUGGCUCAUCCCGACUCCAUUCUCGAAGUCCAAUCCGUCUCGCCAACCAAUGAAAGGUCGUGGUUUAUAGACCAAACUAUUGUCUCUGAUGGAAAACUCUUACUGUUCACGCCAGUUGACCUCGCAUUUCUGUUGAUACCAGUGUUGCAGUCAGUAUAUUCAGAAAACUUCCCUGGGAUGUUCAGGCCAGCAGACGAAAUAUUCGAAGAUGCUGCCACCAUCCUUGAACAACCGGCUGACACGUCGAAUUCGAUCUCUAGGGAGGAUAUGACAUAUUUCACCUCAAUCAAAGGCUGCACACGUGCACUACGGUGUGUCUGCGAUGUACAAGAAAUUUCUGAGGACAUCGUGGUCUAUCGUUACUCGCGGGAAAAGGUGGUUCAAUAUGUGCGGAACAAAGUAGAGCGUCUAUCGAGACCAGAAAUUACCGAAAUUUCCCGAACUCUGAUACGAAACCUUGCAAAAGACGGAUUAUUGGAGGACGGAAGAGAGGAGUUGUUAAAGUUGGGUCGAAUACGUGCGGCUUGUGAUCUUGUGUGCCAAUACCUCCCCUCCAACUUGCGAACCUUGUUACUGGCGUCCUAUGACUUUUCGGCGCUUGAGGCCCAUGUGAGGUCAUUGGAAGAGGAGAGAGCCUCGCUUGUUGUGCAAAAGCCAUCGAAGUCGAAAGCCGCUCCAACUCCAGUCGAGAAAAAAAGAAAGGAUACUUCACAAGGAGUGGAGAAACUGAAAAAAGCCAAGACGACUGGAAUGGCAAAGCUUUCCACAUUUUUCUCCAAAAAAGAAACCAAGCGCGUCCAAAGGAUGGAGGCGGCCUCUCUAGCCAUAAAUCCUAGCUAUGUUGAUCGCGCCGUACAAACAGACUUGCAUCUUGACUCGUUGGUCAAGUCUGCUCCAGCCACUCCCCCGAAAGACGACUCCAAUUCUGUUGUCCAGCACCGUGUAUCAGGUCCAACACGCUCUCCAAACUCUCGCAAACACCACCAGCUACCUUAUAGUCGUCCCUCCACCCAAAAUCAUAACUCUUCCCCGCGUGUCUCCUCGCUGCCUGAAACCUUACCAUCCUACCCAACCGUGAUUCCACGCGAAUUUCGUGGUGCCUCUCUUUCUGAACGUCCACGAGUUUCACUCUCAUUCUCCGACAACACGCCGGAAAGCUCGUCUUCUGCAGAGACCUCCUUCCGUUCAGAAACCAGAUCUGGCUCUUCUCGUGCCCGCCGUUCGCUUCCUUCGUCUGACACACCCCAUACUCCCUCACCACCUUCUUCUCCCGGUUGGAUCUCAUGGGCUAGUUCUCCUCCUAAACCCAUUCCUGCACUUCAUGGACCAUUGUCCCUUCCGUAUGCUCGUUGCCCCUCUGGUGCCGAAGGUACCAUCGUUGAAGGCGAAGAUUUGUCUCGUAUGAUCUGGGGAUUGGGCCUUGAAGACAGCCAGCCGACUAAUACUCCGAAUAUCCCACAAAAGUCAACAUCUUUUGCGCCUCGUUCUCGCCCACAGCGGGAUGCCCAAUAUCAACGUAGUAUUUCUUUCGCUCGCCAAUCACACGAGCGCGAUGUUUCACGUGAAUCAGUCGAGUCUCGCGUGGGCGCGUUCUCCCAGCAUCCCGAUUCUUGGCGCGACUCGUUGGGUCUCGGCGAUGAUAUUCUGGACGAGUUCGAAGAUGACUUUCGUGUUUAUGACGGCCAGCGAGGUUUGGGUCUCGAUUGGCAGGAAACCCUCAAGCAUCGGCAAUCCACAGCCAAAGCCAAGAUCGACUCCCUCAAGCCGUCCGCUGCUGUGUUCGUCCCCGCAAGUCAACAAGUGACAUCGCAAUUUCCGCGUAUUUUUGUCGAGCCUCGUCACACCGUUCUUCCUUCGCCUCGUUUGUCAGCGUUUGAAAUCGCUCAGCAAUAUCGUGCCAACAAGCGGCCACAGGACUUUCUGCCUACUCCUCCCUCGUCGUCUUCGCCUGAAUGGAUCUCGCAGCAACAGCAACAGCAUUACAUCGAUCCAUUUCCACCUCUAGAUCUGCACACUCUCGUCUCUCCACCUCAAUCCCAAUCCAACUUCGAACUCUCGCAGGAGCUGCGCAAGUUCGUGUUUGAACGUAUGCAGAACCCCAAUGAUACUCGCUCCGUUGAGCUGCCCCGCGAACAAUUCAACCCGUCUCGUAUUCCUCAAACUCGUCGACCUUCGAUUGAUGCAUCUCCCUCGCUUCCUGGACCACCUCCCAACAGUCCCCUUCCUCCCAUACCGUCAUAUGCAAAUCACUCUCGUGUUCAUUUCGGAAUCACCCCCGCAUCGCCAACUUCUCCUGAUACUCUGGCGCCCCUCCGUCAGUCGAGCAAGCAUCCACGUUCAAUUCCAUUUGCGCGAUUGCUACAGCGUCGGUUAUCUGCUGUUCCUGAAGAAGAGACAACCCCCUACGAAAUGCAUUCCCCUCCUCCGUCACCCCCCACCAAACAUUCAACCGCUAUUCCCAUGCGUGCACCACGCGUCCCAUCGUCCUCUCAAACGGAAGGUUUUCGGUCGCGGACUCGAUCAAGUUCGGGAGGUCGUAUUGGGCUUCCUAGUCCUGCUCUAAGCGCAAUCGGAUCUCCUGCAAUGCCCGCUGAUGAUAAGUCUUCUCAUUGGCGCCUUCCUGCCCAAACAUACGCAGGCCGUGUCAAGACUUCCGUUAACAUGAACAACAAUUCUAUCAAUCAUUGGGAUGGAUCUACAGGCCGAGAGAACUCGAAUCUGUGGGAGAAAGAAAAUACCAAGUCAAAGAAGACCCGUGGUGGACAUGGUGGUAAAAAGACUCAAGGCGCAAGCGAUUGGGAGACGACAUCGGCCGAACCCUCACCUUGGCUGGCAGCGAGUGUGGCGCCGGAAGCGUGGCUUUGA